AUGUUAAAUGUACCUCAUACUGAACAAAAUAAUUACUUGAUUGAGAUGUGUGAACAAUUUGGUCGCAUGACACGUGAUUUCAUAGCGAGAGGUAAGUUAUAUGAUUCAUCAAUUGAUAUGGAUGAAUUAUUUCAAGCUGCUCGUAUUCUCUGGUUCCUGGGUAUAUUUGAAAUAAUAUUAAAUGAAAACAUGCAAUUAACUGAUUCAACAUUUGGUUAUUCACUGUUAUAUCCAUAUACAGAUAAUUUUAUUGGUUCUAAUGAUGCAACAAAAGAAUGUAAGCAAGACUUUGGACCAAUAUUUUUUCGGCGUUUAGUAUAUGGUGAAGAACAUGCUGCUCUGCUAGAAUCAUUAAUUCUGGCAAAUUCUUUUCAAAUCGUAUGA